AUGUCGCAGGUCGAAGACUGGUCUGAAGGUGACUUUGACCUCGAGCACACAGCAUUGCGAACAGACAGUACCUCGCUUCAGGAUGUCCACCCAUUCUCGCGUCUCGACCUCGAUGAUCAGCCCAACUGGGACGAGGACUUCCCUGAGGACAAUCCCGACGAGAAUUCGGACGAGCAGACCGAGACUAUCAAGCUAUCAUCUGCUGCAGGGUCGGCGCUGAAGCUCAUUCUCGAAGCGAACAAAGCUUCUACCUCUGCAGCAGCUCACCAAGAUCUCGAAGAUCAACUUCGCCCACCAGCGCUCGAUCUUGCGCGCAUUUCCCAAUUUGCCAACACUGAUCACACAACAGGUGCUGCGUCAGAGAUCCGGGCGUACUCCACCGGCAGUCUCAGCACCUGUGGCAGCACCAGCGGCCUCAGCACGACGGCAUUCUCCACCGACCUCACCGAUCCUGAUACUCCCAACAGCAAGCAGAGCGCUCAUCAAGCAUCAAGCAUCUCGUCUCGCAGCUCCAUCAAUGCCAGAUCCGACCUAGACGAUCCUCUUUCUGAUCUCGGAGAUGCUUUCGAAACGGACUUUGAUCUAGCGCCGGACAUGAACAACCUCAGCCUCUGCUCCUCCUUGUCGCGCGCACGCUCCAACACCUCUCUCAGCCAUGUCAGCAGGGACAUCUGGGACGACGACCCUGCGCCGCUCACUGGCACCACGCAUACCUCUUCCUCGUCACUGCAUCCUCCGGCGUUUCCGGAUCACCCACCCUCUGCGAAGAGUGUGUCGGGCGAAAGCGAUGCCGACGACGAGCACGAGGACAUGCUGGAAGGUCUCGACUUUGAAGGCAGCGUCUUUGCGACUUUACCUGCGGCUUCUGCUGCCUCAAAUUCAGGCAUUAAGGCAAAGCUUGAGGCCAUCCUGGACCUCAAGCGCUCCGGUCAGCCGUCUGCUACCGGUGGUAAUGACCAGAUCUCGGACUCGGAUACUGGCAUCGCUGCCGGCCUCAUUAUCGAUGACGACUUUGAUAUCUCCCCGAGCCGCAUCGCUGCUCGUGGUCUGCCCUCGAAGCCUUGCUUCUCCUCCGUUCCUGCGCAGAACUCGGCCUUCAUCGGAGGCAGCGGAUCCUCAGCAUCACACGCUCACGAGCGCCGACACCCCGUUCGCUCUGCGUCCGAUUCUCCGGCUCAGGUUCCCAGCACUCGCUCCGAGGUCCGAGCAUCUAACCGCAAUCGCCUUUCGAUCAAACGCUCCACAAGCGAUCUGCAUUCGCAUGCCAACCCAAGCACGACUUCUUCGACGUUCAGGCGACCUCCUACUCGUGGCAGCCAACUCACACGCAAGAGGUCUUUACCAUCUGUCCGAACGACACCGCCGACCAACUCGCCGUCUGGAGCCGCUCCGCCCACUCUCAGCGCGCGCGCGCCGUCCAUACGGCAGCGCCACAACAGCGGCAAUGCCGACGCCUCAACCAAUUUGCGAUCCAGAAGCAAUGUCGGUUCCAGGCUCACCGACUCGACCGCGGCGUCGCGUGCAAGAGCCGCUGAGACCGCAGCCGAUCAGCUGGCUCGAUUGCAGAGGGAUGCAAGCGCCCCUGCGCGACCCAGCACGCCUACGUCUUUCAACCCUCGAUCGACAUAUCAGCCUGCAUCACGCAUCUCGGUCCACACUCGGGCUAAGGCCAGGUCCCAUUUAGAGCGUCGCAUGUCCUCGGGUGAAAGUCAACCCGCGGCCCGCCUUCUCAAGCGCUCCGUCCUUUAUGGCAAUGGCGCAGAGCUCGACGGCAUCGAUGAUCUGCCAAGCUCAAGCGGUCCGCCAACAUCGCAGCCGCAAGCGUCUUCCGUCAAGUCGAGCCAGCACAAGGCGGCUGCAAAGGAUCACUCUGAUGCUCCUUCGAUACCUGGUGAAAAUCAGCGCAAGCGCGGCGGCCGUCGCGGAAAGCGAGGCAAGCCGGCCCUCAUUCGACCCCUCGGCGCUGGAGCAACCCCUGCGCAGAAGACCGUCAAAGGCAUGCGAUGGAAUGCACACGCACUCCGCUGGGAGGGUAACGAGGGUGUCCUUCGAGAUUUUGAUCAGGUCAUCCAGCGAAGCACGCGACCUGCUCUCAUCUCACAGAUGACGGGCAGCUCCACGAGCUCGGCACUGAACCAAGUGGCUGGUUACUCGUCGCCCCUAUCGCCGGAAAGCAGCACUCUGAUGAACAGCAUCGCAUCCGGAGCUCGUGUGGUCGGCGACAUGCUUUUCGACCCCAUCCAGAUGCGAUGGAUCCCGAAGUCCGGCGAUGAGGAGGAAGACGUGUUUGCAGGAUUCGACGAUGCGCUCGAGGGGGCAGACGGCUUUCCUGACGCGCCGGCGGCCAGACUUGGUGUUGAUGGCGACAGUACGUUGCGUGCGCGCAGGACACGGUCUACGGAAGCAUUCAGCCUAUCGUCGAAUCCAUGGACGCCUCUCGGCGGACAGCAGAGAGCGACGCAAGACACGGACGCGGUGAUUCGACACGCUUUGUCGAGGGGCAUACCUCGGAUCGCUUGA